AAGGAUUUUGCAAAGCACAUGCGGAGCAAGGCAAAUAAAUUGAAUUAUUUGCAAUUUAGACCAUCCCAGGACAAACACCUUGCUUCAAAGUUGAAGGGUACAUCUCUAUCGGUAGCCAGCCAUGAUAACUAGCUUUGCUGCAUAGAUAAAGUUGGAUCUUAGCGGAGGAAAACAAUACGUUAGUUUCCUGUAUUUGCGGAGAAAAUCACAGAGAGCUCAAUAGAGAACUGCUGUGGAGUUUCAAGGCGGGAACUAAUCUAACAUCCAUCGAAAAUCCAUCGUACAGAAUUCAACCAGCAUACCAUUCCGCUGGUCCGAGGCAUAAUCCCACGAUAAGAACAAUUUUACGAGCAUUCUCAUCAUAUACAGAUCGCACAAUGUCCGCCGAUUUCUGGGCUGGCUACAUCAGUGGUGCCAUCAGUAUUAUCAUCGGCAAUCCUCUCGAUCUUCUCAAAGUUCGUCUUCAAGCCUCAAGGUCAUCACGUGGGAAUGGUCUCUCCCAAAGCCUAAUCCCUACCACUUCAAAUCCACCAACCACCGCGGUUGCCACCCCUAGCUCACUUGUCCGUGGAACCGCAGCCCCAAUCCUCACAACCGGUGCUCUUAACGCCCUCCUCUUUGUAACCUACAACCGUACCCUCUCUUUCCUCCACCCUGCCUACACUCCCAGCCACCCAGAGUCCGUACCCCUCUCCUCGACAUUUCUAGCCGGCACGAUUGGCGGUCUCUGUUCCUCCAUUAUUUCCACCCCAACCGAAUUAAUAAAAUGCCGCACUCAGCUUUCCAGUCCCCCCCUCUCUUCCCUAACCAUCGCUCGCUCCAUCUUAUCUACGACCGGAGUUAGAGGCUUGUACUUUGGAGGUGUGGUUACCGCUUUGAGGGACAGCAUAGGAUAUGGAUUUUAUUUCUGGAGUUACGAAUUGUCUUCUCGUCUUUAUUCUUCUUAUUUUCUUUCCCCAUCUUUAGCCUCACAAGGACUAGAGAAUGACACAAGUUCUCGAGAUGAAGCAAUCAAAAUCCUCCUUUGUGGGGGUGUGGCUGGUGUUAUAACAUGGGCUAGCGUUUUUCCUCUCGAUGUGGUGAAGACACGACUUCAAGCGCAAAUUCUCCCGUCUGCAUCAGUUUUAGAAACAUCACCCCUUCUUCUGGGAAUUCCACAAAAGCGAAAGGGGGCGCUAGAAAUAGCAAAACUUGCAUAUCGCAAUGAAGGCAUGGGUGUGUUUUUUAGAGGAUUGGGAGUAUGUAGUUUGAGGGCUUUUAUUGUGAAUGCAGCGCAGUGGGCAGCAUAUGAGUGGAUUAUGAGAGAUUUAGGGGCUAAAGGAGGAGUUUCUGCUGGUGUUAAGGAUAGAGUGCAGAGUGAAAUUAUGAUUUAGGUGAGGAUGAUUUGGCUUGGUAAUCCAAGUUAUUAGUAGAUAAUUACAGUAGAGGGUAUAGACAUAGAGAGGUGGCAAUAGAAGAGUGGAUAUAGAAUAGACCAAGAGGAUAAGGGUAGAAAAUUUAGGGUUAGAUCAUACUCUUAGGCAAAACUUAAAGGUAUUAUGUAUAGUUUAGAUGUAGAUAGCCUUCAAGGAUACAUUCGUUUUAAAUUAUUCGCU